AUGAUUAGUUGAUUACAGUUGAUUGUUGAGAUUAGUUGGUCGAUCAGUAAACUUACAAUUACCUUUGUCUUUGUCUCUAAGUUUUUUAUUAAUUGUGACAACGACUUUUUUUACUUUUGAUUUUCAUAUUUGAUUGUGUUUUAAUCAAGACUGUUAAAAGAUUCACAUUUAAUUGUGUCUCUUGCGUUGAGUGUGUUACAAUUAACUAAUUGCUGUUGAUUUACAUAAAAAUUAAAAGGAUGAAUUUAAAUUCACUUUUACACCAAUCAUUGUCAAUCAUUGGUUGUCUUUACUUAAUUGCUCUGCUCCUCUCGAUGACCACAGUUAAUUGUAAUCAAGAAUCAAAUGAAUGGAAAUACUUUAAUGAAUUAGGAACAUCUCCAAUUGAUUUAACAAAUAAAUUAGAGGAAAAAAGAGGUAUUAACCUUGGACGAAAGGUAAUGGAUCCAAGGAAUUGUGCUGGGCUUCUUGCCGAUACGAGUCCAUACCAACGAAACGUAGUGUACCGACGAGCUGAGGGUUUCCUUCACCCUGAUUCUGAUUCUAGAGACUCAAUUUCCCGAUCAUUGGAUUCCAGGUUACCAAUACUUCCUGAUAAUGGACGAUAUUGAUAAUCUUAGGAAUGAAACUCAGUUCAUGAUGGUUACAUGGGUGAUGGGAGCUUUUUAUUAACUCUUCCUUUGCAUCAAAUGAAUUGGAAGUUGAAAAGUUCAUGAUAGAAAAUGAAUAAUAAAUAAUAACCCUCAACAUAAAAACGAAGCUUAUUUUACAUUGGAGAGAAAAUAAAUUCCAACUUGAAUUGAACUUUUCUCCACAAUUCGAUAGCAUAAUGAGAAUUACAUGAUGUCUCUCUCUCUCUCUCUCUCUUCUAUCAUCAUUAUCAUCAUUUCGGUGUAAACAAAAAUCUGACAAUGAGUCAGUAUCAUGAAGAAAAUUCAAUUUCCAUAAGAAAGAAAAAAUUUAUCACCAUAAAUUCAUCUAAAGUUUCAUGUUUUGGUUUUCUUAUUGACUAAAUAUCCUUCUCACUCUCUCUCUCUCUCUUCCUCUUUAAUAAUUAUUCAAUUGUAAUUAUCUUUGAUUAAUUGAUUAAUUGAUUGAGCUGAUUGUGAUGAUUUAAUUCAAUUAACUUUCUAUUUUGUUUGUCUUGUUGUCUAUAGAUUAGUAAGUUGAUCAAUAAAAAAAAACAAAUAAGUUCAUUGAAUGUCAAACUUUUUCAUCGUUUUCCCAAUCCACCAAAUUGUAAACAACAACAACAACAACCAAUUAACUUGAUAAUAUUUCAAUCAAUUAAAAAUGAGUAGAGAAAAA